UCAGUCUCAGUAGGACAAAAUCCUGAUGCUAGAAAAUCGCGUGGAGGUAAACCAAAGUUAUUUCAAUGUACAGGUUAUGGAGAUUGUCGAAUGGUUUUCACUCGAAGUGAACAUCUUGCUCGACAUAUGAGAAAACAUACUGGUGAAAAACCAUUCAAAUGUGUAGUACCUGGAUGUAAUAGAAUGUUUAGUCGGUUCGACAAUAUGAUGCAACAUACUCAAACACACAACAAAAGUCGAGGUGCUCCAAGGCUACAAGAUUUAUGCAAUCCAAUCGAAUAUCUUGAACGACCAUCAUCUUGUGACGAUGAUAAUGAUGAGUAUGCCAGUGACCAGGAUAACAAGACAAAGAUGUUGAAACAAGAAGAUGGUGUGGACUUGACUUUGGAUGAAUACGAAGCAAUACAAGGAUUUGGUCGAUUCCAA